CAAAGAACACGCAUCAGGCCAUAGGGAAAUGGCCAGAUCCAGACUCUGGAGUCUUGUUAAAAAACCUCUAGCCGCGUACACUGAUCUCUCAAGACCAUCAACCUGACAGCCCGAUACUCCACCAUGCCAUCAGAUCCACCUGACGAGAGCAUCUCUGCUUAUGGAGCUGCUCGCUCCACGGUCGAGGGUCAACCCCUCGAUUUCGAGGAGGUCCGAAAGACGGACGCCUACUUUCGUGCCAGUAUGUACCUAUGUCUGGGCAUGCUCUAUCUGCGCGACAAUGUCCUCCUGAAACAGCCGUUGAAAGUGGAGCAUCUCAAAGCACGCUUGCUCGGUCACUGGGGAUCGGAUGCGGGUCAAUCCUUUACCUGGAUCCACAUGAACCGACUAAUCAAGAAGUACAAUCUGGACGUGCUCUUCAUCUCAGGUCCUGGUCACGGCGCCCCGGGCAUCCUGUCCCAGUCCUACCUGGAGGGCGUAUACUCGGAAGUCUACCCCGAGAAGUCACAGGAUGAACGAGGCAUGCAAAAGUUCUUCAAGCAGUUCUCCUUCCCCGGCGGCAUCGGCAGUCAUGCUACCCCAGAAACACCGGGGAGUCUUCAUGAAGGCGGAGAGCUGGGCUACUCCAUCUCCCAUGCUUUUGGGACCGUCUUUGAUCAUCCCAAUCUUAUUACCUUGACCAUGGUGGGCGACGGCGAAGCUGAGACCGGCCCUCUCGCGACCAGCUGGCACAGCACCAAGUACCUCAAUCCCUGCACCGAUGGGGCUGUUCUGCCCGUGCUCCAUCUGAACGGCUACAAGAUCAACAACCCCACUCUCCUUGCGCGCAUUAGCCACGACGAACUGUCAUCUUUAAUGCGCGGCUAUGGGUGGACCCCCUACUUUGUCGAAGGUAGUGAUCGGGAAACCAUGCAUCAAGCCAUGGCCGCCACGCUCGAGCACUGCAUCCUGGAAAUCAAAAACAUCCAAGCCAAAGCCCGCGAGUCCAAGAAGCCGUUCCGCCCUCGUUGGCCCAUGAUCAUUCUCCGCAGCCCCAAAGGCUGGACUGCCCCUCGGGAAGUCGACGGCAAGCUUCUCGAAGGCUUUUGGCGCGCGCACCAAAUUCCCAUCACCGACGUGCUUACCAACCCGGCACACCUCAAACUUCUCGAAUCCUGGAUGAAGAGCUACAAACCUAGCGAGCUCUUCACCCCAGACGGCCAUCUCAUCCCUGAGCUUCAAACCCUCGCUCCAACUGGCAAGUCCCGCAUGAGCGCCAACCCUGUCGGCAACGGUGGCCUUCUCCGACGGCCCCUGGAUCUCCCAGACUUUCGCACCUACGCCUUAGGCCCCGUCGACCCCGGGGCCACGAUCCGUGGCAGCAUGGUGAACAUGUCCCACUACCUCCGUGACGUGGUCGCCUCCAACCCGACCAACUUUCGCGUGUUCGGGCCCGAUGAAACCGAAUCUAACAAACUCUCUGAGAUUUACAAAGCCGGCAAAAAGGUCUGGCUAGCCGAUUACUUUCCCGAAGACUCGACUGACGGCGGAAAUCUCUCCCCCUCCGGGCGGGUCAUGGAGAUCCUCAGCGAGCACACCUGCGAAGGCUGGCUGGAAGGCUACGUUCUCUCAGGUCGCCACGGCUUGCUCAACAGCUACGAGCCCUUUAUCCACAUCAUCGACUCAAUGGUCAACCAGCACUGCAAAUGGCUUGAGAAAUGCCUCGAAGUGGAAUGGCGCGCCAGAGUCGCCUCCCUCAACAUCCUCCUAACUGCAACCGUCUGGCGCCAAGACCACAACGGCUUCACCCAUCAGGACCCAGGCUUCCUGGACGUGGUCGCCAACAAAUCCCCCGAAGUCGUGCGCAUCUACCUUCCUCCUGAUGGUAAUUCUCUGCUCUCCGUGAUGGACCACUGCCUUCACAGCACCAACUACGUUAACGUCAUCGUCGCCGACAAACAAGACCACCUCCAAUACAUGGACAUGUCCACGGCCAUCGCGCACUGCACCAAGGGUCUCGGGAUCUGGGACUGGGCGAGCAACGACCAAGGCCACGAACCGGACAUCAUCAUGGCCGCAUGUGGAGACGUUCCCACGCACGAAGCCCUAGCAGCCACCUCCUUACUGCGGGAACACCUCCCCGAGCUGAAAAUCCGCUUCGUCAACGUCGUCGAUCUCUUCAAGCUCAUUUCGCCAUCCCAUCAUCCCCACGGCAUCUCCGACCAACACUGGAAAGCCAUCUUCACUGCAACCCGACCCAUCAUCUUCAACUUCCAUUCUUACCCGUGGCUCAUCCAUCGCAUGACCUACAAAAGACCCGGUCAGUCGAACCUCCAUGUGAGAGGGUAUCGCGAAAAGGGGAAUAUCGAUACGCCAUUUGAGUUGGCAGUGCGGAAUGGCACGGAUCGGUAUAGUUUGGCGGUGGAUGCGAUUGAUUAUGUGGAGGGGUUGGGGAAUACAGCGGCGGGGGUGAGAGAGAAGUUGGUGAAUAUGAGAUUGCUGGCUAUUCAGAAGGCGUAUGAUGAUGGGGUGGAUCCGGAGUAUAUUCGGAGUUGGACAUGGAAGUAUCCCCGCAAGAAGGGAGAGGGGGUGUAGCAUGAUUUGCGUGUGUGAAUAACUCUACGAGCUGGGUGGGUCAGAUUGAUGGAUGUUAUGAUAAGGGGUGACAAAUCAAACAACUAUCACCUACUACCACUACAAUCCCCAUAACCCCUGCACAAUUCCAUCACUACCCGCAAUAAGCCUCCUCUCCCCCAGCCCCUACCCCUACCCCUAC